AAUACGGCUCCGAACAGAGGUUAUGUGGCACUGUAAACAACCUUACCAGAACAAGAACAGCUUGUCAUUCAAUAGAAGGGAAACUCUUUGUUGCUGGUAACAUGGCAUCACUUCGGCAGGACCUCAUCACCGGCUAUUGCUCACCGGUGGGGUUCGCCACGCUGCCCGACGAGGUGCUGCUCAAGGUGCUGGCCUUCCUGUCCCCGCGGCAGCUGCUCCUGGUGCGAAGGGUCUGCCGACAGUGGAGGGACCUGGCCCUCGACCCCUGGGUCUGGGAGUGCCAGGACGUCUGCGCGAGCGAUUUGCAGCUUGCCGCGUCCGUGCUGCGUCUGGCCCCCUGCCUCCGCCGGCUGUCCGUGGGGGAAGAGGAGUGGAAUAAGUUCAGCAGUGUCUGCGGGGUUUUACUGGCCACUUCAAGCUGUGCCGUCAGGAAACUCGACAUGACGUUUCUCGUGUUUGAUGCAACGAUUGCCGCGCUGCUGGUAGCCAAGCAGGGGUCACUUGGACGGCUCGAGGAGGUUAAAGUUGAAGUUCAAGUUUUUACCCAGGAGGAAUAUACAGUGUAUAACAGCAGACUCCACGACCUCUCUCAACAGCUUCUUUAUACCAAAGGAUUGAAGAAGGUUGAACUGAUGACUACUCUUGGAGCAGACAAAAGCUACCUCGCGGUGGAAGCGGCGCCUCUUCUGAACGCCGCCCAGCGUCUUGAAGCCCCGCCACCAGCAUCCCUGCGAGGGUUAACCAUCCAGUUGGUCUAUCUACUACCCUUGUUCUUUGAGUGGCAUGCCACCACGCUGGAGGUUGUGCAGCUCUGCGACGCGUUCCCCGGAGCGGCGUCCCUGCUCGCCACGCUGCCCCGACUGCGUGACCUGACGUGCCCGGUCAUGCCCGACCUGCUCGCCCUGCUGCGGUGUCCGGCCCUCAAGUCGCUGGAACUCAUAAUCCGCGUGCGGGAAGACACGCGGCCUCACCUCGCGGAGACCAGGGCGCUCCUUCUGGCCGCGGCCCCGCGCCUGGAGGAAGUGACCCUCGUGUUCGUGGACGAUGACGCCGAGGAGGCCGCGGACUUGGUGUCGUGCGUGGCGGGUGUGGAGUCCACGAUCGCGGCGCUGAAGUCCCUCACCGUGGAUGGGCCGGCCGGGGUUCUGCGUCCUCUGGCCUCCACGCUGCACCGCCUGCCCAACCUCGUCAAGCUCCAGAUCGGCGAGCCGACGAGGCUUCAAGGCACGGACGCCUUCCUGGAGGCACUGGACCGCCAGGCCGUGCCCAAGCUGAAGGAGCUGCGGGCUCUGCCUUCCGAGGGCUGCAUGCACGAGUGGGCGCAUAGCGAGCAAGUGCGGUCGCUGCUCAAGCGGUGCCCGGGGUUGCGCUUGGCCAUGCAUGAGCACUGGGAGGAACCGAAGGACGAAUGUGCCUAUUGCGCGGAGCACGUCUGUCACUCGUGCCUGCGUCUCUGUACUGUCGUCGUGUCCAGCCACUCGGCAGAUGUUGACUGUGACGUAGGGCCUGUUACAUCGAAAGGUUGUAUCUAUAUUUGCGUGGAGUAGCUGCGACUUCGCUGCGACUGCUUCCUCGACUGAUGUUUUAAAAUGGUGAACGCUUUGUUAAUGAUAUUGUUCGGCUUUGCUCGUUUUUACGUAAUGUUUUUAAGAAGAAUAUAAUUUGUUGUUUAAAAUGCU